UUCCAGACUAACCUUUUCCCACCUGUCCGAGAAGAGAAGCCUGCACCCCGAGGCGGAUGCCUGUGGGCCAGGUACCGCAGAUGGGGAUGGAGAGGGGGGUCUCCGAGGAGCUUCGACGCAAUGAGCGGGGAGACCUUUAGCAAGCGCAGGCCCAGGGCUUUGCUUUAGAUCACGGGAGAAGGUGUUUUCUCGGCUCACCUCACUUGCUGGAGCCCGAAGCUGUCCCUCUGCAGACUAGGGUAACCUUGUGGUUGCCCAGAUCUGACCAAGACAGGAGGAGGACCACGUCCAGUGGGACAAGGAACUGGGCUCACCUCGAUGAACCGUCGCCCCGAGCAGGUCUCUGUGCCCCAGACCCCCCGGGGUGGGUUUGGCUGGGCUGCAGGUCGCUGCCUCUUGCUGCUCCUGCUUUCUAAGCGUGAGGUGCGUCGAUGCCGUGUCCCCAAGCCUGAACCCUCUCCAAGCUUCAGCAGCAGCUUGGGCAGGAUUUUGAGGUUCACAACUCUGGAUUUAGGCUGGGGAGCUGUGGGCUGAGCUAACCGCGGCCACUAAAUCCUCCUCCGGAGCAGGACCUUGGUGUGGUGUACCCCAAAAAGUUCCUUCCACUGCAAAACAGCUACUGGCUGCUGUGGGACCUUGAAGGGACCUGGGAUCGUGUGCAGCGUGGCAGCUGGCCAGAUGUGCUCACCUCUGUUAAAUCAGCAGAAAUGCUGAGUCGUGAGAACCAAAAAUAAACUCAGCUUAUCCAGGCUCGAAGAGAUUUUUCUUCCUCGGAUGAAACGAGCGCUGCGAUGUGGCGUUGCCGAAGCAGGGGCCGACUACGGUUUCUUUGGCGCGACUGAUGCCGCCCGAGUUCAGCUUUCAGCUUCCCUGCUUGCUUGCGCAAUCCCGGCUCCCGUAAGGGAUUAACCUGCCGCUCCACGUCCCAACGUCUUGCUCGGGGCCGGCUGCCUCUUGGUGUGAAAUCCGCAGCCCCACGCGCCGCGGUGAUGCUCCUCGUACCCGCGCAAACCCGUCGGCGCUCACCUCGCCCGGCGUCUCGCGACCUGGCACGUCCCAGCGCAUCAGCUCGGGGUUCCCACGUUCUCCCGUAAGGCUUGAGCUCUGCCCGUCGCAGCAACCCGCAGCAGCUCCCUUCGGGGACAGGCACGUGGCACCUCGCGGCCGACGUGACGCAUCCCGGGCCACCCACCUUGGCCCAAAACUGGCCACCCCAGAGGGUUAGCCCUCAUCCUCGGCACGCCGGAGAGGACGGACAGCACUGCAAAUCCUUGGGGCGAAGGUGCCCGGCUCUGGGGCGAUGCUCUGUUGCAUCCAAAUAACUGUGGAUGGGAGCGGACGGGGAGGACCGGUCACAGGAACAAGCGGGGCGAUGCGGGGUGGUGGCGGCCACCCCACCGAGCACCGGGUGACCCCCGUAAGCAUCAGCCGGGCAGGAGUUGCUCCAGGCUCCCUGCGACGGCAGAGGCUACGGAGACCCUCCUCCAGCUUAAACCAGAUUCGCCUUCUUCAGCACAAGCCUAAUGGGGAUGUAAGCAGUUAAAUCCCCGCGACUUUCUCAGACAGAGCAUGAUUUUACACCGCCCUGCCCUCCCCUCCUCCUUUCUACCCCAAAGCCUUAAGAUCGUACAGUUUUCUUUCAUUUCAACUUGGGUUUGUUCAAAAGGAAAACAAUUACUCUCUAGCCAGUUUAAACAAUUGUCAAAUAACCUGCCGUGACCAGGCAGAGAGGAAAAAUGUGGGGGAAAUAUUACCCUGCCAAGUCGCCUUCCAAAGCAAUAUCUGCUCCUCCAGCCGAUUACAGGUGUCAGGUUGCCUCAGGAUCCCUUGGUGAUUUUACAGGAUGAUCCACCAAGAAAACACAUUACACAACCCUGAGCUCAUAGGUUUAUCCAGGCGACUGCCAGAUACAUGCCUGCAGAGAUACGGCUCGGGCCACGGCCCUGCUUCCCACAGCAGGGUGACUUUGCUGGAGACCUGGGGUGGGCUUCGUGGUCCACGUCCCACCUGGAGACCUGCGGGGCUGGAGCCUCUGCCUGGGCAUCGGUCCUGGCACUCAUGGGGAGAAAACUUCAGAGGAGGAGGUAAUGCCUUUUAGGGCAGCAUCCGAGGAAGGAUGUUAAUCCGCGGCAGCGUGGAAACCCGGAGAAGGUCCUUUUCUCUUGGGUAAACCGCAAGUUCUCAGCUUAAUGAAGAUAAGAGAUAGCAUAUCGUUAUCAAAAUAUGGUAAAACUGUGUGAUUUUUGUAUAACUUCAUUUUUUGGCACCCAGAAGAGGCACGGAAAUGCAGUAGCUUUUCCUCGCUUUCUUUUCCAGGCACACAGAAACAAGCCUUGUGCUUCAGUGUCUUCCUUGCAAGCUCACCUAAAAUCCGACGUUGUCAGCAGUUUGCCGUGUCCAUCACCAGGAGACACUCGGUACACUGAAACAGUCACGCUGUUGCGAAACUGCUUUGGCAUAAAAUUCAACAAGUGUUGCUGCUCAUUUAACCUUUUCAUCCUGCGUUGCGCCAAGAGCCGUGAAUGAUUUUAAGAGGGUGACUCGCAUCCCUCAGCAAAUUCCAAGGACACUGUCUUCUCUUUACAAUAAUGAAUACGUGAUUCAUGGUCAAUAAUUUCAUCGUUUAUAUGUGCUUCUGUGCUGGGUCGAGGAUAUUUUAAAAGUCUUUGGCCCCAGAGUAUGUCCGUCUGUGUUAAGAGGCUGAAGGUGAUGGGCACAGCCCGUACCACCCACGCUUGUUGCUCAGGCAGGCUGGUGUGUGCUGGCUAAAGGAGACAAUUUAAUCUUUAAUCUUCCUACUUUCCCCCCAGCUUAAAUCAAUACCAAAAGCAGAGGGGAUGCUCUUGUGAUUUGGCUUAAAUCUGCUUCUGAGCUGGGUAAGCUGAGUUGAGAUCGGGCAUUUUUGUGCCAUAGCAGGUGGUUUCUUGCAUAUAACCCCAUCAUUUCAAGGGCAGGUUGGAAAAAGGAAGGGAAGGCAAGGGAAAAGCAACGAUCCUGCAGUGACAAAGCCAUUCCUGUGUUUCCUGGGGAAGCCUGCUAUGGGGGCCCAUCAGAGCGGUCCAAAAAAAUUCGCCGUGAAGAAAUCCAGGCGCAACAAAACUGGCCACCAGUGCCCUUUACGGGACUUAUGCCCGCUAAACCUAAAGACGAAAGGUGAUGCUUGGAAAACGAAUUCCUUGAGCCUUAAUUGGGUUCUUUGCUCUCCCCUGCGUUGGCUCCCUGCUGCUCAAGAAGAGAUUUGUAGGACCAAGGCACGAGCUUUGCCGAAUGCCGCAAGGAAAAUACCGCAGGGGAGAAUGGUUACGCUGGAUGGAGCUGAACAAAGCUCUUUUGUUCGUGGUAAUGGCGAGCAACUCCUCCAGCGGAUAACUGCAACACCCCUGCCUGGCUGGGAUCGGAUCAGCAUUGCUCUGAUGUCCUACCAGGCCUGCGUAAGCCACAGCUGGCAGCUACGGCCACCUUUCCUGGCGGGUAAAACAAAGUUCUCAGCUACUGAAUCUGCUUUAGCAGCUCUCUUGAGGACAGCUGGACAGCUGGAUCCAAUUCUCCUUCAAAAGGCAAGUGCCAGGGCCUGGGAGCCAUCUCUGACAUUAGUGAUCUUGACAAACACCAGUCACAUCGGUCGUGCCAUUUGGGCUUUGCCUGCUCCUGGCUCCUUCUUCUCUUCCACUGCUAGCCAUAAUGGUGCAGCACACCCAGACAAAGCCAUUGGGAAAAGGCACGGAGUGAUGUGCACUGGGAGCCGAAACUACUUGGAUACGAGAGGGAUGGAAAUGCUACACUGAUCCCUCAGAUAAGAACAUUUGGCACGCAGCUGAACGACAGUGAAGAAGAGCAUUAGUCUUCCAGAUUUUUAUUCAUCUCCAUCAGGCUGCAAGCCUUGUUUUGCCAGAACUGUGAGUUACAAGUUACAGUCAUUUGAAUGAUAUAAUGAGGGGCUGGGGGAAGGCAAUUAAAAAGCCGAGCUGUCAAUUA